UGUUCGGUUGCGCUAUGGUAGGGUUUAAGCUGAGCUUAGGUCUCUCACCGUCACAGACGGACCUGACCUUUGCUGAAGCAGCAAUGGCUUCUUCUUUGUGUAGAUCAGCAUCGAGGUUCACCUCAAGGUCCAUUGUAAGUCGUUCCAAAAUCCUCAGUGAAAAAUUCCUCUCUCCUGUGUCUCAGCCAUCUCUCCUCUCUUCGCCUUCAUCAUCGGCUAUUCCUCGCGCUUCAAGGAUUUUGUCCGUAAUGGGAAGCGUCGAGUCUAUGAUGCCCCUUCACAGUGCCAUUGCGAAUGCUAGACUCGUUUCCAGUAUCGCCGUUGAUUCCAGCUGCUGGAGUUGGCUUUCUCGAGACUUUGCAGUUCCUCGGUGACAAAAGAUUAAAGGAUUGAGUCAUUUCAAUCUUUUAGCUGGGUUGCAUCUGGGUUUUUGUUGGCUCAAUCUUCGCUCUUUUAUCCAAACGGCCGUCUCAUAGCUCGGACUCCCCUCGUUGCCUGGAGCGCCACAUGAGAUUCAAAUCUCUUUUUCCUCCCAUUCUGUAAACCUUUUAUCGGUCUCAAGGCAUUUUGAUAUCAAGUAGAGUUUUCUUAUAUCUGAUGGAUCAUUUGAUGAAUAGAUUUCAUGCACCCAAACUGUAAUCAGGAGUUUGGAUCGCUGACAAACCAUCUGUUCUGCAAAACAACGAGGAACUCCUAUUUUUCUGCAGGACUUUGUUGGGAAGUUAAUAUAAUUUGAGAGGCGUCCGUUCAUGUUGGCAA